AUGGCACAAUCACAUCCAGAAGAUGAUGUUGGAUACCAACAUUGGUGCAGGCAGAAGAUCCGGGACCUGGAGCUAUGUGACCUGAGAGAGAAGCAAUGGCUGAGAGUAAUUAAGGCCAAUACCAUCAAAAUAGACACUCUGGAGACUGAAAACCAGACUCUCAAGGAAGAGUUGAAACUUUCCAAGGAGAAGUAUGAGGACCUGGAAAUCAAAACAAAGAGCAUUGAUGAUAAAAAUCUCAACUUUGCUCAGACCUGGUAUUAUACGGAGAAAAAACACAUAGAAUGGAAAAAAAAACAAGAACAGAGCGAGGAGGCACACCGACAGCAGCUACAUGACUGUCAGGAAAACUGCAGGAAAACCAAAGCAGAACUGGAACUGAAGCAAACGUCAUUGCUAGCAGGGUAUCGCAGGAAGCUGGCGGAGGCACUCGCAGACGCACAGACCACGAUCCUACAAGAAAAAGACAGGCUGGAUCAAGAGCACAAAGAAAAGCUCGUGGAACUCAAAGUUGAACUGAGCCGUGAGUUGGAGGAGUUCAUAACGGAAGUGAAGAAGUCACGAAAAGAGGAAAAAGAAAAAGAAAAGGUCCUUGUCGCAGAUUACGAAAGGCAUAAGACUUUACAUACCACAUCUGUUGUAAAAUGCGGUACCCUUGAGAAGGAAAUUGUAAAGCUGAAGAUCACAAUAACAAAUCUAUUGAACAGGGAGGAUCUCACUCCGGAGGUGUCUUCCUUAGAGAAGACUGUCAAAGAAAACAACAGAGAAAUUGCAAGGAAAAAUCGUGAGAUCGCAGAUUCACAGGAGAGAAUUCACCAACUACGAGAGAGUUUCUGUAAUGGAAACAAAAAACAGGCUGUUCUACAAGAUAAAUUAAACAAAGAGACCAACAAGACCAAGGGUCUAGUGGACGAACUAGAAGGGACACAGUCCGAGCUCAACAGAACAAAGAUGAACCUGAGAGGUGCCAAACUAGACAUAAGUGACCUGGAGAAUAAGAUCUUAGAUCUGCAGUGCAGACUGAAGACCUGUGAGCCAGACCUGAUCAAGCAGACGGAGAGGAGCAGAAAACUGCAAACCCAACUGCUGCGUUUCCAGAAUGAUCUGGAGCUCUGCAUGCCUUCAAUCUCUGACACCAGCAAGUUUAAAAGCAGCGUCACUGCUGUCAAACAUCGCCAUGUAGAUGGUAAUAUACAAGUGCAGCACCCCAUGGAUAAAGAAAAUGAGUCUGCGUUUCGAGAUCACAUUCCCCGUUUAAAGAAGAUGAUCACUUCUUAUGACAGGGUACGUCAGAAUGACAAGAGAGUUGCAGAACAGCAAUAUGUCAAGACACGUCAGAGAGUCCUCGACCUUGGCCAUACUCAGUUCAAAAUAAUCAAUGAGCAGAGGAUGGAGAUGUACACGAUGAGGAAGGAGCGGAAAAUGCUGGAAGAAAAACUCAAAUGGACUGAAAAGCUUCUUCAAAAGGCAACAAAGCCGGCAGCAAAGAAGGUCAAAUCGUGGAUAAAGGAAAAGGUCCUGCGAACUCACUCCAAGGUUGCCCCAGAGGUUGAACCAGAGGUUGCAGAGGAAACACCACCCCGUUACAUAGUUGACAUGGUAGUGCCCCUUAGGCCUCCAGAUGACAUGUCAUCAUCCUCGCAGCCACUGGAUGAUGGUACCGAACAUGCGAGGCAGUUUGUGGAUAAUGAUCUCACAUGUGUUGACAUCUAAAAUUAAGACACAAUUUGGCUCAGUGCAGUGACUGUCUGAGCAACGUGAGGCAAUAUCUCAAUAGAAUAAAUAAAUUAAAUAAAUUAAAUAAA